CACUUCCGCGGUCUUAGUCCAGGAGUCAAAAAACCCCAGACUCUGAUCGUCUUUAGUAUGAAUUAGGGAGUUUCGGUUUGGACUCGUUUGCAGACAUUGAGGGAAGGAUAACCGAGGCAUCGCGGUACUCCAGACGACCGCAAACGAAAUGAAGAGAGCUCGGGAACUGAGCGUGGUCCCGGAACCUUAGCAGGCUGGAUUGGCAAUCCGGUAGGAAGGAAGACAGACUGCCCCUUUUGGGCCACGUGACUAGAAAAUAGGGACCUGGGCACCGCUGGGUGCGGAAGACGGCGUGAACACACUGAGUGUUUGCAGAGCCUUCAUGAAAGCCCACAAAGAAGUGAAGCGCCUGUUUGUGGGUGGCCUUGGCCAGAACAUUUCCAAGGCUGACCUGCAAAAUCAGUUCAGCAGAUUUGGAGAAGUUUCUGAUGUGGAGAUCAUCACACGGAAAGAUGACCAAGGAAACCCACAGAAAGUCUUUGCAUAUAUCAACAUUGAAGUAGCAGAAGCAGAUCUGAACAAAUGUAUGUCUGUUUUAAAUAAAACAAAAUGGAAAGGUGGAACACUACAAAUUCAGCUAGCAAAAGAAAGUUUUUUGCACAGAUUGGCCCAAGAGAGAGAAGAAGCAAAGGCAAAGAAAGAAAAAUCAACAAUAGGCAACACCAGCUUUUUAGAAAAGAUGGGAGUGGUGGAUUUCCAUGUGAAAGCUGUGCCAGGGACGGAAGUGCCAGGGCACAAAAAUUGGGUCGUGAGUAAAUUUGGAAGAGUCUUACCUAUCCUUCACCUAAAGAAUCAACAUAAACGUAAAAUAAUGAAGUAUGAUCCAUCAAAAUACUGCCACAACUUAAAGAAGAUAUCAGAGGAUGUCACACAUGCCACCCCUGUGUCCAGCCUCACCUGGGAACUGGAAGGAGGAGAUGACCCGAUGAGUAAGAAGCGACGAGGGGACUUCUGUGCUAUUCACAGCGCCCCCCAGAAGAAGAUCAAAGGACAGAAGAACCAGGCAUCUGCUGCUUCCCCAGCUGUGAGAGCAAGACCCCACAUGGUCCCGGGGAGUCUGCAUCCCACACAACAAGAGGUGGCAUGGGAAGCACCCUGUGAGCGCAUUACUGCUCAGUUACCCCGUGUCUCUGCUUCUCACAGUCAGAAGCUUAACAAUAUGUUUGUUCAGACUUCUGGCAUGGGAACUACCAGGCACAGAAAUCACAGGUCUGAUGAUGAUACCGAUUCUGAAGAAGAGAUACGACUACUGAUCGCGAGAGAGGAAAGCCUGGGGAAAACUACAUGGUCUUCAGUGGGUGACUCUGCAGAUGAGCCCUUUGAAGUCGUAGGGGGAGACUUCAGGUCAGGUGUUCCCAAGCUGUGUUCUGUAACAGCGGCAGGUGUGGGAAACGAUUGUGACUAUGAUUCAGGAGAUACAGAUGAGAUCAUCGCAGCAAAGAAAAAGACUGAUAAGGUCAAAAACAGUGCAGAGUUUUCACAAAUGGAAAAGCCUGUGCACAAGAAAACAUCUUCAGAAAAUAGGAAAAACUGUGAGCUUUCCAGUAAUUGUGUUAAAGCACAAAAAAGAAAGACCAACCCAGAGCGAGCCAUCAGUCCCCGGGUUGCAGCCCACUGCAGCAGCAGGGAAGAUGCGGGUUCUGCAUCAGAAUCUGCCGAGUCUGCAGGAGAUGAGGAGUACGACGCCAUGAUGAGAAACUGCCUCCGUGUGCAGCUCACCUUAGCUGAUCUAGAACAGCUAGCUGGCAGCGACCUGCAGGUUCCAGAAGAAGAUCCUGAGAGUGGGGGUGAUGGCCAGGAGACCACCACCAAGUGUGACAGGACUCCAGGUGGCCUGCACAGAGCCCGGCCGUGUAUCUGUCCUGAGGACAUUGUGGCUGCCCUUUUAGAAGGAGAAGAGAACACCUGUGGAAAACAGAAACCAAAGGAAGACAACGUAAAGCCAAAAUUCCAGGCUUUCAAGGGAGUAGGCUCUCUCUAUGGAAAGGAAUCGAUAAAAAAACCCUUGAAAGAGAGUGUUGCCUCUGACAAUAUAAAUGAAGAUCAGAAUUCCUUGAAACUUGGUCCAGGCAGCAUGUCCGUGGAGAAGGGGUCCCCACCUGCUAAUGGCUCAUCAAGCAAACUAACUCCUCUCCAACGUGCAAAGAAGACAAACGACCCAAACCAAACUCAGCCUCAAAAGAGGCGUUCUACUUUCCAGAGCCGGGAUCAUAAGAUGGUGCCCCCUCGCAGUUCAGAAGACGGAGGUAGAAAUCCUGUUUCUAGUCUGUUGCCAUUAAAAGAUAAAUCUUUAAGUCUUGGUGCGAAGACCCCCAAGGUAGACUUUGAUAAAGACUGCCACCACAGGACAGGGGAGACCGGAGAAGUCUCUGGACAGAGCAGCCCCCCGAUGCCUGGGAAAGCACUGGAGGGCUCCUCCAGGAGAGAUACUCGGGGAAGCAACACCAACUUCCCCCUUUCUGUGAACAGUUGGUCAGAUGUUCGCACUAAGGAGAAGCAUGCUGAAGACAAUCAGAAGCGUUUGGCAGCCUUGGAGGCAAAGCAGAAAGCAAAGGAAGUGCGGAAGAAGCUGGUUCAUAACGCCCUGGCAGACUUGGAUGGUCAUCCAGAGGACAAGCCAACACACAUCAUCUUUGGCUCUGACAGUGAAACAGAGGAGCAAAGCCACCCGGGAGAGGAGCCCAUGAAGGAGUCCGUGAACAGAGCCUCUGGGAGGCUGUUUGACAGCAGCGAGGAUGAAGAAUCUGGCUCUGAAGACGACAGUCACAGGUUCAGAAUUAAACCUCAGUUUGAGGGCAGAGCCGGGCAGAAGCUCCUGGACUUGCAGUCUCAUUUCGGCACUGACGACCGAUUCCGCAUGGACUCCCGAUUUCUGGAAAGUGACAGUGAAGAGGAACAGGAAGAGGUAAAUGAUGAGAAAACUGCGGAGGAAGAGGAACUUGCUGCAGAGAAGCUCAAAGCCCUGGACGUCAUGCAGAGUGUUUUACACACCACUGUGGGCAAUUCUGCGCACAAAGGAUCGUUACCUGCCAAGAAAUUUAGGGAUGUCAUACAUUACGAUCCAACGAGGCAUGACCACGCCACUUAUGAAAGGAAGAGCGAUGAUAAACCAAAGGAAAGUAAAGCAAAACGGAGGAAGAAAAGGGAGGAGGCCGAGAAGCUGCCCGAGGUGUCUAAAGAGAUGUAUUAUAGCGUUGCUGCAGACUUAAAAGAAAUAUUUCAAACUACAAAAGUUACCAGCGAAACAAAAGACGACACACCCUCCAGUGAGAAUCAUGAUGGCGAGAAAGAUGACAUCCACCACCCCACCACUCCAACGACAGGGGCCGAGGAGCCUGGCGGGUUCACAUUCUCCUUUUUUGAUUCAGAUACUAAAGAUGAAAAGGAAGAUGCCUACAGAGCUGAGCCGGUGAAAACAGGGAAGGUUGUCUGGCAGGGAGCCCCUCGUUUCCAAGACAGCAGCUCUGAAGAGGAAGAUGUUGCUGAAGAAGAAACGGAAGGCCGGAAGCCCAGCCCCAGAGAAGCAUCAUUACCUGAGAAAGAGACCACUAGAUUUUUCUUUUUUUCUAAGAAUGAUGAAAGACUUCAUGUAGGUUCUGAUUUAUUCUGGAGAGGAGUGGGAAAUAACAUUAGCAGGAAUUCUUGGGAGGCCAGAACAAACAGCUUGCGGAUGGACUGCCGAAAGAAACAUAAAGAUGCCAAAAGGAGAGUGAAACCAAAAUAGUAACAGUCAGCAUUGGGUUUGAUACGAAUGUGAAGAGGGCUCACCUAUGGAAUUUGGAUGAUACAGAAAAUAAUCUUAAAUAAGAAGAAUUCACAGUGAAGGAGUAUUCAAAAUCUGCCUGGUCGAUACAACUCUUUGAAUGUGGAUUUCCCGUAUAUCUCUACCUAAGGAAUUCUUCAGAAAAUUUAACCUGAUCUUUUUUUUAAAUAAAGCACAGGAUAAUCCCUCCAAAUUUUUUAUACAUAGUUUUUAUGCUAUCCUCAGUUAUGCUAGGUAUUUCUAAUGCAAGGUUUAUGUAACAUCUUUUUAAAUGUGUGGGUAAGAGCACUUGUGUUUUCCAAAUUUGGCUUUGUGUGAUUUAUCUGCUACUUGAAAUAUUUAUUUUUGAUUGUGUAGAAUAUACUUUACCUCCAUUUUGUCCUUUUUUUUAAAAAAAAAAAAAAGAAGAAGAAGAAGUUGAAUAUAAAUCAGUCUGAGUUCUGUACUUGUGUCCUGAUGAACAACUAACUGAAAUGCAAGACAUUUCAGCCAAGCAUCAUAGAAGAGUUCUGUGAGGACCAGGGAAGGAUGCUAAGUCAAGUUUUCCUGUUCUUGGCCUCCAGGAAUCAUUAAGCCCCAAAUUCCAGUUUGACCAGAGGCUUAUGAAGAAUCCAAGUUAGUUGUCAGGACUCUUGAGUCCAAAGAGGGAAACAGAUUUAACAUCUCCUUAAAUCAACCUGGUUAGGAUUCAAGACAGGUACGCCAGUCAAACCACACUCUCUUCAGAGUUGUGUUACAGAGACAGCCCCCAGGGAUGGUCCUUGAGCCCCAAUGUGUUUAUCUGGAAUUAAAGUAUUUAUUAAUUUAUAUCUUAACCGAUUAUAAACUUUAGAGGGCUGUGAUGUCAUCUUGUCUAUUGACUGUUGUGUCCCAACUGCCUAGAACUGUGUCUAGCACAUAGUGGUUGCCCAAUACAUGUUUUUUUUUUCUUUCAAGAUUUAAAUUGUGGUUCACAUGUAGUGUAGUAUUACUGUCAGGGGUAGACUGCAGUGACUCAUCAGGUCUCUCUAACACCCGGUGCCCAUUAUACCGAGUGCCCUCCUUCAUGCCCAUCUCCCAGUCAUCCCAUCCACUCCCACCUCCCCUCCAGCAACUAAGAAAGACAGACAGGGAGGCCAACCAUCACAGACUCUUAAAUCCAGGGAACAAACUGAGGGCUGGUGGUACGUAUAUUUUUGAAUAAACAAGUCCAAAGAACUAUGCAGCUCAAGAGUCUUUUGGGAUUCCUGUGUUUCCAAGACUUGACAGAAAAUAGAAGAACCACCACUCAGCAGGACAAAUAAUCCAAAUGUUCCACCUUCUAUUCAUGUAGAUUACAUUUAUACAUUCCUCCUGCUGCUUAACAAGUCAUCUCAAUAAACUAAUUUUGCUCACAAA